UUCUCAUAGAGACCCACGAGGAGCAUGUCACUGAUCCUGUUUGCCUUUGUGGUCCGGGUCAGGGAUGGACUCCCUCUCUCUGCCUCCACUGAUUUCCUGCAUAACAAGGAACUUCAGGAGAGAAAGCAACAGCUGAAAGUGAUCUCAAAAUCCCUGUGUUCAUUACCUGAGAGAGGGACAGUCAAGGGCCAUGAGCUCAACAUUCACUUCCUCUCAUCCGAGGGUGUGUCCUACAUGACCGUAUGUGCAUGCAGUCUCCCUGCUGCCUCGGCCUUCUGCUUCUUGGAAGACUUGCGCUGGGAAUUCACAGCAUGCUUUGACAACUCUGCAGUGGCCCUGGCAAGCAGGCCGUACCCAUUUCUGGAGUUUGGUAGGAUGACAGAUAGAAAUAGUGCCAUUCAAAAACUUCAGCAGCAUUAUAACCAGAAAGGGGGUCCAUCUCUGGAGGUCACCCUGGCCGAGGUUUGGGAAGACCUCAGGACCAGCCCCCCUCAGUUUCUCACCAUGGAGGAUGUGGCGCUCACCAAUGGAGCAGCCAAUGGGCAUGUAGAACAAACAGCAGCAUCAGGUCAAAGUCAGAGAUUGGAACCAGUCUCAGCACCAGGGAUCCUCUCACUGAUUCUUAACAUCAUGUGUGCUGCCCUCAACCUUAUACGUGGUGUCCAUCUCAUUGAAUACACCUUCCAGGAUGAUUAUGAUGGUUUGUGGAAUGUGGUGGCAUUUCUUUUGGCAUUUCUGUGCUGUGUUUGCCAGUGCCAUCUGUACUUGUUCCAUACCUGCCAGAAGAAGCUGAAAUCCUUUACUCUCCUGACUAUCAUCAUCUUAUGCAAUGCUUUUCUCUUUGGUCUGAGGAACAUCUGGCAGCUGGCCUUCCACAUGUCUGUGGCCUGCCUCUCCAUGCUGCUCACCCUCCACCGCAAACUGCUGGACAGAAACAUGGACUGUGGAGUAUGAAGACUUCAGCUGGCAACAGUAGGGUGAGAGACCAAAAAAUGGACGAGACUUGGACGUGAUGGCUCACGAAAACUGAGAUUGGUUUUUGCUUUUGCUUUGAUCUAAUGUUAUGAUCAAGUGAUUAUUUUAUCUCACAUGCAUAGUGAGUGCAAUGGUUUUUCUACAGGGGUCUUCAAUUCC